AUGGCGUCGCGGAGGUCAACUCACGCAUCUCUCCUCCCUUUCGCAAUCUUCAUGGUUGUUCUCGGCCUCGUCUUUUUCGCAUCAUCAGCCUCUGCCUCAUCACCAGCAGCGCCCUCACCGUCAGCUGAGGUCGAGCUCAUAUGCCACACAGACAAACCAGCAGAAUGCUAUCCCAGGAUUUUCCAACCCACAGAAGAGUUUCAGCUAGUUCACGACGAUCAAGAAUUACCACAUGGACUCCACGUACGCCUAAACAUCAAUACUGGCAAAAAGGAGGCCAAGAUCAAUGAUCCAACUGAGCAAAACCCGGAACUGGAGGGCAUGCCCGUCGACCGCUCAAUCGUGGUAGUGGACUCGGACGGAGCUCCCGAGGCGCAGAUUCCCAAGGACGCGCCAAAGUACGAACCAGUCGGCGUCGUGAAGCAGCCGAAGCAGGAGUCGGGCGAGUUCUACACGAGCCUCGAGUACGUCAAAAAGGGACCACACGGAAGUGACCUCCCAAUGGACGAGGCUCUCGAGUUCCUUGAGGACAUCUCUCAUGACAUCUACUACGGUCUUAAGAUCACUGAGACCUUUGACACCGUCAAGUCCCUCUUCUGCUUGAUGGUCGACCCUAAGACCCCAGCACCACCCGAGGGCGCGGUCCCCCGCGAUCAGCAGGCAGCCGCCAUCAUCUCCGGCGCUCUCCAGAACAACCCCACCGCCCUCGAGGAGGUCACCAAGGUCUGGCCUCAGCUGAUGGGUUCAUCCUGCCGCUCCCUCCACAAGGCGCCGCAACUCAAGAUCCGCGACGGGUUCUACGCCUCGUUUGUGCCCUCGCCCGAGAGCACAGACCACGACGUCCUCAGCGCCGCAAACAAGGCCAAGGCUCAAGUCGCCGCCAUCAAGGGCCUUAUCAAGAGCCCGACCAUCCGGGACGACUUCAUCGCCAACAAGGGCAUGGACCGCCUUCUGGAGGUUCUCGGACCUAAGGACGCGCAAUGGGAGACUGCUCAGCGCAAGGCCGGCCAGCUCGUGCUGGAUAGCUUCCUCGAUGAGAAUAUGGGCGCCGACGUGGGCGUUUGGCCUCUGUUUAAGGCGUCCGAGUCGGACAAGUCCAAGAGGAUUGCCGACCGCGUGAGCGACGAGAACUGGAAGGUCGCGGUUAAGGUGAUCAUGGAUAAGAACAAGGGGGACAAGAGCCACUGGAGCCGAGAUCUGUAUGACAGACUCGAUGCGCAUGAGAAGGCGCAGCUGAAGUUAGCUGGGAAGGAUGAGUUGUGA